UGGAUCGUUGCGCAAAGCAAGUGAAAAGUGUCUUUCUGUGAAGUGUGUUCUCCGGUUGUGAAAAAAAAGAUGUCCGUGGUGCCGAUGUUGUUCCGUGACUGGUGGGAGGAUUUCGAUACUCCACUGCGCUCCUCGCGGCUGCUGGAUCAGCACUUCGGUACCGGUUUACGUGCCGAUGAUCUGUUCUCGUCCUUCCCGACGCGUGCACCGUUGUCCUCGCCAUCGCUACUACGCAGUGGCUACUACCGUCCGUGGCGUAACACCGCCCUCACGCGGCAGGAUUCCGGUUCCACGCUUAACCUCGACAAGGACCGCUUCCAGAUCAUUCUAGACGUGCAGCAGUUCACGCCGGAAGAAAUCACCGUCAAGAUGUCCGACCGAAGCAUCGUGGUGGAAGGCAAACACGAAGAGAAACAGGACGAGCAUGGUUUCGUGUCACGGCACUUCACUCGCCGCUACAUGCUUCCAAGUGGCCACGACCCGAAUGAUGUCGUCUCGACGCUCUCCUCGGAUGGUGUGCUGACUGUGACCGCACCCAAGAAGGUUUUGCCAGUCCCGAAUCCGGAACGAAGCGUCCCAAUCCAGCAGACGGGCCAACCGGCCAAGGACAAGCCGGACUCGCAGCCGAGCGUAGAGCAGGCGAAGUGAGAGCGCAGGGAUUCCUUUCACCGGCUCAACCCGGGUAUAAGAGUAUUAGAUUCGCACCUUUUUUUUAACCAACAUGCACCAAGCGCGGCCUGAUUCACUUUCAUUCAAUGCGCUCGCUUGCUGAACUGAUCUUACAAUAAAGGAGAGUUUUUUUUGUGUACUUU